AUUAAAGCUCAGUCACAUACUCACAUCUCACAAUUCAAAAUCUCACAAAAUUUUCAUCUCAAUUUCUCUCUCUAGGGCAUUUCCAGCGAAGAUUUCACUCCCAAAAGAUGGAUGGUCAAGAUGAUGCUAAACAAAGCACCGCUGACAUGACUGCGUUUGUGCAAAAUCUUCUUCAGCAAAUGCAAUCAAGGUUUCAGACAAUGUCAGAAUCUAUCAUCUCUAAAAUUGAUGAGAUGGGUAACCGGAUUGAUGAGUUGGAGCAGAGCAUCAACGAUCUUAGAGCUGAGAUGGGUCAAGAAGGCACUCCAUCGCCUUCAGAUCCAGUGAAGACUGGAGAAGAACCCAAGUCUGGUGGAGAUAGUUAAAGAAAUGAGCGUACAUAUUUCCUGGAGUGUUGCUGAUGCUGUUUCUUGCAUAUUUAGGAUUGUUAUGACGAGUAAUUGUAUCAUUUUCUAUCGUGUCUCAAUUACUAUUGAGGAGACACAAUACAAGUAUCACUAGGAGCACAACUUUUUAUGGAUAUUCAAUUGUGUUUUCUAAUCAGAAAUCGUUUUUCAUCAUGAUGCA